AUAGAGAGUGUAUCAAAGCACAUUCAGUCAAGAACCAUUGUUCUGUCUGUAUCAACGUAGCAAAUGUCACUCCUACAUUAGACUGACAUUGGGCUAACGUCCAGUCACAGGUGAACAAACUCGGACAGAAAUACUUCGGCCCAUGAGUUACAGAAAACAGACCACAGUUAAAGAGAUCACCCAGUUUAGAAUCUACAAAAUAUAGUCACCAAUGUUCACAUCUUGGACCUCAACCUUGCCUAUCACCAGAGCCCGAUGUCACCAGUUCUGGGCAGCAGUUACAGUCAACAUCGGAAUCAUGAUAGGCGGAGAGUACUAUGGCUGGCCUUCCCCCACAAUCCCCAAGCUAACUCAGCCCAACGCCCCUUUAUGUCUCCACCACUCAGAGAUCACCUGGAUGGUUUGCGCACUCUACUUGGGCAACAUUCUCAGUCCCAUACCUACCGGUUAUUUUAUGGACCGAUUUGGCAGAAAGAGAUCACUUAUCUAUUGCAGCAUACUCCCCAUCUCCUCUUGGGUCCUGAUAUGGCUUGCCACUAGCCUUGUACAUUUGCACGUAGCGAGGUUUCUGGGAGGAUUGUGGGUCGGCGUUAUCACGACCAUUGCUCCGAUGUACACUGGGGAAAUUGCGGAGCCAAAAAUACGAGGGGCUUUGGGAAACAUGUUUUCCUUCAUGACUUACGUGGGCACAUUGUACGUGUACUCGAUUGGUCCUUACGUGUCUUACCACACCUUGGCAAUAACAGCAGGUGUGGUGCCCAUUUAUUUUCUAACCAUGAUGUUCUCGAUACCGGAGUCUCCGUAUUACUUCCUCAUACGCAACGAUAGAGAAGGUGCUAAGAAAUCCUUACGGUGGCUCAGGGGAGGAAUGGACAACCACAAUUUAGAGUUAGAAGUCGAUAAGAUGGAGGAAGUAGUUCUGCAGCAAAUGAAAAACACGGGAUCAAUCGCAGCUAUAUUUACAACUCGUACAAAUAGAAAAGCUUUUUUAAUUGUUCAGCUAUAUGCGAUCUUCACUAAAUUCUCCGGUAUGGGUUUAAUCAUAGCGUUUAGUUCAACCACUCUUCCAAAAACAAUGUUUGAAUCUGCAGGUGCUAGCGAAUGUGCCGUAAUUCUUGCUUCCGUGUGGGUAAUUUCAAGUGGUAUGUCAAUGAUCCUUGUGGAUCGUCUCGGCAGGAAGACUCUUCUGACCGGAACAUCAUUAGGAUGUUCAAUUACUAUGUUUAGUGCAGGAUUCUGGUUCUAUCUGAGUGCAGAAACAGAAGUGGAUGUUGAAGGCUCAAGCUGGAUUCCGUUUGUCAGUUUUAUCUUUCACGGGCUAUUUUACUGUCUGGGGUUUGGGCCGAUUGGUACCAGCAUCAAAGGAGAGUUACUGUCAGCUGACAUCAGGGCCAGUGCCUCUGCUCUCACGACAGUUGUGUUAGCACUCUCCUCUCUGUUCCUGAAUUUUAUAUACAUCCCAGCUGCUGAUCACAUCGGCAUGUACUUCAACUACUGGUUAUUUUCUGCCAGCAGUAUCAUCUGUACUGUGUUCACAAUUUGUGCUUUUGUAGAAACUAAUGGGAAAACAUUGCAAGAAAUUCAGGAUCAACUUGCUAGGUAAAAUAUUUCUUAACCCACAAAAAAUACUGACUUAAGUUAGUAACAGACAAGAAAGUUCAUAUUGUCAACUUUAUAUCGUGUGGCAAACUGGGAUGGCAUAUAAUAUAAUUUCUAAUAAAACUACUGCAAAAUAUUUAUUUAUUCUUUUAUUUCUAAAAACAAUUGUUUCAACACACAAUCACCACUUCACUUCACUUUGUAUACUUAAGACUUCAGUAUGAUUCCAUUACAACUUUUCCGGUACAUGAGCAUUGUCAUAAGAUUUUCUUUAAUGCUUUUUUUCAUGCCAAAGGCAACAAAGUAAUGAUGUAGAGAAAAUUUGUCUUUAUACAAAUUCUUGUACUACACUUCUUGCACUCAAAACAGUAUCAAACACUACGGAAUUUGGGCAACAGUUGUAUUUGUUGAUUUUUUUUAAAUAGGACAAAAUGGGUUUGGCUCUAUAAAACUUUUCAACUGACAAAUUAAAAAUUAAACUUCAUUAUCAUACUUGGGGCAUGGAACAGUUCCAACACUGAUUUAAACCAAAUGUAUUUAGUUAUUGAACUUUUUACUUAGCACAGUAAUGCUGUUAGGAAGCUAUUCGCCCUGAGGUCUCUUUCUACAUUUGGCUCAGAACAAGUUCUUACACUGGAUUACAUAGGCUUAUUUGAG